UUGGAAGCCCAAUUUGAAGAGGCCCUAAAAACCCUAGCUAAAGAAAAGAAGCAGCUGCCGAGUUGCCCUUGUAUUGGAGUCCCACUCAACGGGAACUCUCCACGCCGGAAAACGCAGGUGUGGUUGCUCUUCGUAAGAAGGAAGACCGCCACAAACACCGAUUAACUCCAGGGAUUUAAUCUUACCGUGAAUACACUAAAGUUAUAAGAUAUAAUUAUCAUCUCCGCAAUCAUGGCGGAUGUGAUGGUAAUGAAAGAGAUUGAAGACAAAGCGUCGCUUCUCGGAAUCGAUCUCUCUACAAUUGAUCUCGAUUCCAUUCAUUUCCCACCAGGCGAAGACUGUGGAAUCCCCAGUGAUGACGAAGAUAUAUAUCAAGAGGAGAAUCUUGAAUUUGAUUCUGGCUUUGGCAACAUUAUAGUAGUGGAUAAUCUUCCUGUUGUUCCAAAGGAGAAAUUUGAGAAGCUUGAAGGUGUUGUUCGUAAAAUUUACAGUCAGAUUGGUGUUAUCAAGGAUGAUGGCCUAUGGAUGCCCGUCGAUCCUGUCACUGAAAAGUCCUUAGGUUACUGCUUUAUUGAGUACAAUACUCCUCAGGAAGCCGAGCUUGCUAGAGAGAAAACUCAUGGAUACAAAUUGGAUCGUUCACACAUAUUUGCCUUGAGUAUGUUUGAUGAUUUUGACCGGUUUAUGAAAGUUCCAGAUGAGUGGGCUCCUCCUCCAAAUAAGGAAUAUGCUCCUGGGGAAAAUCUUCAACACUGGCUUACUGAUGCUAAAGCCCGAGACCAGUUUGUUAUUCGUGCUGGUUCAGAAACCGAGGUUUUGUGGAAUGAUGCUAGACAUUUAAAGCCUGACCCUGUUUAUAAACGUGCAUUUUGGACGGAGAGUUAUGUUCAAUGGUCUCCUUUGGGCACAUACUUGGCAACAGUUCACCGGCAGGGGGCAGCAGUCUGGGGAGGAGCUACAACCUUCAACCGUCUCAUGCGUUAUGCUCAUCCUCAGGUCAAGCUUAUUGAUUUUUCACCUGGUGAGAAGUAUUUGGUAACAUAUAGCAGCCAUGAACCAAGCAAUCCUCGAGAUGCUAAUAGGGUUGUGAUAAAUAUAUUUGAUGUGAGGACUAGUAAAGUGAUGAGAGAUUUUAAAGGAAGUGCUGAUGAUUUUGCUAUUGGAGGUACCGGGGGUGUUACAGGAGUGUCAUGGCCUGUUUUCAAAUGGAGUGGUGGAAGAGAUGAUAAGUACUUUGCAAGGAUGGGGAAAAAUGUACUUUCUGUAUAUGAGACAGAAACAUUUUCUCUUGUUGACAAAAAAUCCUUGAAGGUUGAAAAUAUAAUGGAUUUCAGCUGGUCACCAACUGACCCAAUCAUCUCACUGUUUGUUCCUGAGUCCGGAGGUGGUAACCAACCUGCUAGAGUAAGUCUUGUUCAAAUCCCCAGCAAAGAAGAACUCAGGCAAAAGAACCUUUUUAGUGUCAGUGACUGCAAGAUGUACUGGCAGAGCAAUGGGGAUUACCUUGCUGUUAAUGUAGACCGAUAUACCAAAACAAAGAAAAGCACUUACACAGGCUUUGAGCUUUUCCGCAUAAAAGAACGGGACAUACCCAUUGAAGUUCUAGAGCUUGAGAAUAAGAAUGAUAAGAUCAUUGCAUUUGCUUGGGAACCAAAGGGACAUAGGUUUGCUAUUAUUCAUGGUGAUAACCCUAAGCCUGAUGUCAGUAUCUACUCUAUGAAGACUGCUCAAAACACUGGCCGGGUUUCAAAGCUCACUACUCUGAAAGGCAAGCAGGCAAACGCUUUGUUUUGGUCACCUGCAGGUCGCUUUAUUGUACUAGCAGGGUUGAAAGGUUUCAAUGGACAGUUGGAAUUUUACAAUGUUGAUGAGCUUGAAACCAUGGCUACUGCUGAACAUUUUAUGGCAACUGAUGUUGAAUGGGAUCCAACUGGAAGGUAUGUUGCAACUGCUGUGACUUCAGUUCAUGAAAUGGAAAAUGGAUUCAAUAUAUGGUCUUUCAAUGGCAAACAUCUUUAUCGGAUAUUGAAGGAUCACUUCUUUCAGUACUUAUGGAGACCAAGGCCACCAUCUUUCUUGACUCCCGAGAAAGAGGAAGAGAUUGCAAAGAAUUUGAAGAAGUACAGUAAGAAAUAUGAAGCUGAAGAUCAAGAUGUUUCGUUGCUGCUGAGUGAGCAGGAGCGUGAGAAGCGUAGGAUCUUGAAGGAAGAGUGGGACAAGUGGGUCAGUGAAUGGAAGCUGAUGCACGAAGAAGAGAAGUUAGUGAGGCAAGACCUGAGGGAUGGAGAAGCCAGUGACGAGGAAGAGGAAUACGAAGCAAAGGACAUUGAAGUUGAGGAAGUAGUCGAUGUUACCAAAGAGAUCCUUCAUUUUGAGUAUGGCCAAGAAUGAGGUAAUGAAAUAUGUUGUGGGACUGAAGUUGGUGGAAUCAAACCAUUUUAUUUAUUUGUCCAAGUUUAUUAACUAGUUGGGUAGACCCAGUUUUGUAGUUUUGUUUUUUGUUUCUCAUAAAGUUGGUUGUGAAAGACAAUUAUUCCGGAUCCUUUCAGACACAAGCCUGUUAAAGACACUUAAAAUUGCAUGAAGAAUUUUUUA